GCAAGGCACCGCAAGAAAAUUUACAGACGAAUUUUUAUCAAGCAUAAAAUAUCAACAUAUUUAUUGCAUUUUUUGUAAAAUAUGCCACGGGUUCAGAUAAUUAAUUGUGCUAAGAUCUUUAGAAGAGUUGGCAGUUUAUAAAUCUGCAUUCAAGAAGAAAAAAAUGAUCGAAGAAAAAAUGUAUGGGACCAUUGAUUGAGAUUUUAAUUUGGAAGAUUGGCAGUAAAACGUUGCAGAGAUGGAGGAAACGUUAAAGAAAUUGGCAAAAGAAACCUCGACACCGAAACUAGCUUUUAUAAAACAGUCGUGUACAAAGGCUUUAGAGAUAUUAGAAUCACCAGAAAAACUGUCUUCUACUCCAACACAUGAACUGAGAGAAAGAUGUCUGGAACCAAUACAACAGUCCUUGGAAUCAAGAUCCAAGAAAUUGAUGGCCCAUGCUCUCGCUGGACUGCACGAUUUAUUAAAUGAUGAGAGAUUUCAAUCAAGUUUUGAGACAGCAGAAGAACAGUUGCUACCUGUACAGGUGUUAAAUACAGUUUAUAUCACACCUAAUUUACCUGAAGAGGUCCAGGUAGAAAUAAUGAAGUUGUUAUUGAAUAUGACCUUCUCUAUAAGUUGGUGUAUGAAUGCCAAGGUCAUCUGUAAAGUUUCACAAGUUUAUGUGGAUACAUAUAGUGGAAGCUCGCAGAAUGUACGGGGUUCGGUGAAGGCAGCUAUGACUCAAAUGUUAAAAAGCUUUACAGAGAAGUUGCGUGAGGUGGAAGAGACGGUGGUAAGCAUGCUUUGUUGAUAAUCAGUUAAACUCCUUUAAUGCUGCGCGGAAAGAGAGCCAUGGUUGCUCAGUGAGUAAGGCACUGGCUAAUAAAGUUCUGUGGGAUUUUUCGGCAAGGAUUCCCUUUGUCAGUGGUGUGUGACGGAGGGUCGGACAAGGUACAGUUGUUUGUAUGGAACUAAAGAUGAGGUCCUGUGUAAUGUUGUUUCACCUUGUUAGUGGUGCAGGACGAAGGGCCUAGCAAGGACAGAAUCUAGUCUUUUGGAUGGUAUGAAAAACAACCCCCCAAGUACAUGUUGACAUGCACAUAAA